ACACUUUCCAAUUUAGCGUUUUUUUUUUUUUUUCGUUCUCCGCGCCGCGCCGUGCACGCGAUAAUAACACAAUAUUAUUUUCGACGAUCUGUGACAAAACGAGUGGUCACAGUAAGCUCGGCCGAGACGAAAAACGUUCGACUACGAUAAUAAUUAUAAUAUUAUCAUCGGUGGUUACUCAUCGUAAUUUUAUCGAUUGCCGGCGGUUUUCGUUUUUUUUUAUCUUAAACGUUGACCACUGUUGUACACACAAUAGUAUAUACUAUAUACAAAGCCGCUUUAUCGUGCCGCCAAAGUCGCGACCGAUAUAUUCUCUAUCGUGUUCGAAAAUACGUCCGACGACUUCAUCACGGACGUUAUUACAAUUAUUAUUAUUGCGUUGCGACACGGCGUACGCGCAAAACUAUCGCGUCCGUCGGGCUCGUGCCGUCGUCGCGCGUUACGUAAGCGUAUUUUCACCGAAUGCACACCGUCGUCGCAGCUGCAGCUGUUGUCGAGAAUCAAACGAAACAACAGCCUACUCCGCUCGUGACCGGUAAGUCGCGAUUUUGUGGGCACAGUGGACGGCGCACGCGGCACGCCACCUCCAAUAGGCAUGACAGCGUCGAAUCGACCCACAGACGAACGUGCUUAACGCAUCGGGCGCGUGUUUCUCGUGAUAUUUCGCCGUGUCGUUGUUGUUUGUGUACAUUAGCGAGCGUGUUGACCGUAGUUCGUAAACCGCAUAGGCAAUGAUUUGAUAAUAAUAAUUUAUUAUAAUAUUAUCAUCGUCUCAGCUUUACACGUUUGUCACGUAUGAGAGAGAUUGUUUUUGAUUUCGACGCCAUGGACCAUGGACUAUUGUAGUGUGUACGUCUGGUCGACUCACUGACGGGCGUCGGGCGGCGACGACGACGACGACGACACGCAUCAUCGGAUCACGAUUUUGAUAAACUGAUAACGACACCACGGUACCGUUGAUAACGAAAAGUUAUAUUAUUAUUUUUUCGCUGAUAGCCACUACUCAACUCUCGAUUUCUAUUGCGCUAAGUCGAUACUGCUGAUGCACUCAACAUGAAAAUUUAACGUCGAACCCCGGACCGCGACUAUUUUCCUAGGAUAUCGUCUGUUCCUCCUCUUCUUGUUGUAAGUCGUGAAGCGACUUUUGUCUUCGAUAGCUUUUGAAAAAUUGUGAUUUCACAAAGUACCUACGCUUAGCGGUGGUUCGUCUUCCAUAGGUGCAUAACGCUUGGUUUCAUGUACGUUGAUCGUAUGCAUUAACAGCCUCGUUGUCGCCGUUGUCGUCACCAUCGUCAUGAGUACGACAUAUUAUGAUGCGGACAGUUUACUGAGUGUCAAACGCAGACGUACCUGUAACUUCCGUGACACGUAUUUGCGUAACCGCGAGUAUGGCUUCCGACCCAAGUUUGGCGAUCAAAGUCGUUUACACUGCGAAAUGUAUACAUCAAUAUAUCCCAUCGCUAAAUGGGAAUAUGACAACUCAAACAGCGACAUCAUCAAUCCAGCUGGUAUAUUCAAUUUGGAAUUCUCUCCAGAUGGGAAAAUAUUGGCAGCAGCAUGUGAAAAGAAGAGCAUUAUGUUAUUUGAUCCUGUAACUCAACAGUAUAUAACAUCAAUAAAAAAAGCACAUAAUGAUUGUGUUAAUUGUAUAAAGUUUUUAGAUUCUCGAAUGUUUGCAACUUGUAGUGAUGAUACAACAAUAGCAUUAUGGGAUGUUCGAAAUCUUAAAGACAAUAUAAGAGUAUUGAGAGGGCAUUGCAAUUGGGUUAAAAGUAUUGAAUAUUCAGCAAAAGACAAUUUACUUGUUUCCAGUGGAUUUGAUGGGCAAAUUUACACAUGGGAUAUUAAUAGUUACUCAGAAGAAGGAAGAGUUCCUAAUAACUCUGUAUGUCACAUUAAUGGACUUAUGCGUAUUAAACUUCUUCCUGAUUCUAGCAAGUUAAUUGUUUGUACGACAAGUGGCUUCAUAUUACUUAUAAACAAUUUAGACUUGGAAACACUUGGUGCAGAUAUUCAAGGAUUCAAACCAAAUAUGUAUCGUUUGAUGCAGCUAAGUAAAACUACCAUUCCUAAUGCAGCUGCACACACACACAUGUUUACUCGUGAUAAAAAUCGUGUUGAAUUCAUCGUAGAUUUUCCUAGGAAUGAUGAUGCUGAAAUAAUAUCUUCUAUCCAGGUACAUCCACAAGGUUGGAAUGUAUUAAGUCGAAAUGUUACCACUGAUGAACAGUCUGAAUGGACAUGUGUACAUGAUAUACAAGACUUUGCCAUUCCUAAACAACAAAGUGAACCUGAAGAACUAAGUUCUGAAGAAGCAAAUUCAUUGGAACAUUCUUUAGCUGAUGACCCAAUGGAAGGAAGAUUUCACCGACGUACACAUGUUGUGAUUCCUCGAGACAUUAAUGUUGGAAUAACUAGUAUGAUACCAUUUUCUGUGUUAGGACCAUCUAGAGGCAAUCGCCAAGCUGACUUAUGGGAAGCAAUGAUGAAUGUUAAUAGUGGUAAUCGCAUAAGAAGUUUAAGAUAUUUAUCAGGACGAGAACGAAUAUUAGGAACAUAUUCUGGUGUACGAAUUGUACGUAGUGCAACUGGAUUACAAGAACAAGAACAAGAAGACAUGGAAGAAAUAAUAGCAGAUGAUGAUACCACUUCAGAGCGAUUAGUCACAGUAUUAUUUAACCGAAAUACUAAUCGUAUGACUCCUGAUAUUAGAAUGCGUAAUUAUACACCCCCAAAUUCUAGAAAUGAUAUAACUCGUCCAAGUAGACGUAAUACCGUAGAAGUAGGAACUGGUACAGACACAGUGGUGUUUAUUGGCAAUAGGCAACGACGUAACAACUUUGUUCUCAAUUGUAUGAAUAGAUUUCAAGUGCCCCAUAAUCAUAAAAUACAUAAAAAUUUUAACCGUCUUACACAUUAUAUUGAAGAGGCAAAUGUGGGUAGAGGGUACAUCAAAGAACUUUGUUAUUCUAGCGAUGGACGUAUAAUAUGCUCUCCCUUCAGUCACGGAGUAAGACUAUUAUCAUUUUCACCCAACUGUGAUGAAUUGUCUACUUUGCAACCAAAACUGCCAGGUGUAAAACUUCAUGAGAUUGGUACAAAUGUUUCUCAUGCUAACAUUGUACUUUGUACCAAAUUCUCACCGGUCCAUCCUUUGCUCGUAUCAGGUUGUUUAGCUGGUCGAAUUGUUUGGUACCAACCGAGACUAUAAUACUUAAUGACUAUAAUAUUGUAUGUAUUUUAUGUUUUUUUAUUUAAAAUCUAUUAU